CCCAAUCACGCAUGCGUACUAAUGUCGGAGUUCCAACAUGGCCGCUGUGUUCUGAUCAUUCGUUCUAUUUGAUUUCUUGUUCUUUGCGAAAUCAGAUAUUGCCAAGAUGGCCGAGACAUUUUAUGCAGUACUGUUGUGCGUUUUCGGCGCAAUUGUUCAGCGAUGGUCUGUAUCUCUUGGGCCGUACUCUGGUGCAGGGAAGAAGCCAAUGUUUGGUGACUAUGAAGCACAGAGACACUGGCAGGAGAUAACAUAUAACCUUCCUAUAAACCAAUGGUAUUUCAACUCCUUGGAUAAUAACCUGCUGUAUUGGGGACUGGAUUACCCACCACUCACCGCCUACCAUAGCUGGCUCUGUGGUGCCAUAGCAAAUAACCUAAAUCCUGAAUGGGUGCAGUUGAAUGUAUCUAGAGGUUAUGAAAGCAGUUCACAUAAACUCUUUAUGAGGUAUACAGUCCUGCUAGCUGAUGUACUGAUCUUCAUUCCAGCAGUUAUGCUAUUCUGCUUGCUCUGUCUUUCUGGGAGAUCAUCACUACAAAAGGUGCUGAUUGCUGCCGUCAUCUUACUGUACCCUGGACUUACUCUCAUUGACCAUGGACACUUCCAAUAUAAUUGCAUUAGCCUGGGGUUAUGUCUGAUCGCCAUCACAUCGCUCUGCAUGAAGCAUGAUGUUCUUGGUUCAAUCGCCUUUGUUCUGUCCCUCAGCUACAAACAGAUGGAACUCUACCAUGCCUUACCGUUCUUCUUCUAUCUCUUGGGUAGAACUCUCCAAAUAGACACCUGGUCUGGUAGGAUCAUCAAGCUAGCACAACUUGGUGUUGCUGUUAUUGGGACGUUUGUAGUGUGUUGGAUCCCAUUUCUUACGAGUAUUCCUAACUUUGUGCAAGUCAUACAUCGAUUGUUUCCAUUUUCCAGAGGACUUUUUGAGGAUAAAGUCUCAAACUUGUGGUGUGCACUCUCUGUUUUGGUGAAACUGAAAAACAUCUUCACGCAACAGCAUUUGAUUAGGAUAAGUUUGUGGACCACUGUCAUUGCUGUCUUACCAUCAUCAAUUAAUCUAUUAAGAAAGCCAUCUGAGGAUAAAUUCUUGAUUGCAUUGAUAAACUCAUCUCUUGGAUUCUUCCUAUUCUCCUAUCAAGUUCAUGAAAAGUCAAUUUUACUGGUGGCUCUGCCAGUAUGCCUGCUGAUAACGUUCAGGCCCCUAGUAUGCACAUGGUUCCUGCUCAUUUCCACAUUUAGUAUGUGGCCAUUAUUGGAAAAGGAUGGCCAAGCAAUGUCCUACCUUCCUGUAAUGCUCCUGUUCUAUACUGUCUCACACCAUGUUCUACACCUGGCCAAGUUCACAGGCCGCAUCAAAGGACUGUUCUACUUCUCCAUGGUGGGCAUGGUUAUUAUCCAUGUGUGCGCUGCAACCAUCCCCUCACCGAGCCGGUAUCCUGAUCUCUAUCCAGUCAUAAUAUCCUUCUACUCUGCUGCACACUUCGGCUGCUUUUUCCUGUACUUCAACUACCUCCAGCUUACCCUGCCUGAGCUUGGCUACCCCAUUGUCAAGCAUAAGCAGCUGUAGUUUGAUAGAUUACUGACAGAGCAGAGCUCUUCAUACGCCAACUUGCAGAUAAAGUGGUUUACGUGUGCGUUGCUCUGCAUGACUUGCUGCAAACUUGUUGGAAGUUAGUGAAGGUAGGUAGCUGACUAAGAAUAGUACCGUGAUAGGUAAUCACUUACUCUAUGGAGAUGGUAUUAGUCUAAUCUAGAGAGUAGAAAUGCAUGCUCAGGCCCGUAAACAGGGGGGGGGGGGGGUAUGGGGGUUCGGAAGAACCACCCCACUCGACUAGAAGGUUGCUCUUAUGAAUGAAAAUUGAGUACCACUGCGAGCUAGGGCGAGCUACCUAAGAGAAAAAGGUCCGCUAAAUGAGUAAACUAACCCUGCGCUCAAAAUCCUGGCUACGGGCCUAAUGCUUUUCUUGAUUCAGCUUCGAUUUCAUACACAUUAUGGUGAAAGGGGGGGGGCUUAGCAAAAACAAUAAAUGAUUAUUACGAGUCUACCAAUUUAAACUUGUUCUUACUACGGCCGUGCAUUCUGAGCGAUUUAGAGAAGAAGAAAAUAUCUUCCCUCUGAUUGUCACUAAUUCUAAUCAAUGAGUUGAUUACACAUUCAAGAGAUCCUUCUUUUAUUUUUGAUACAGUUGCACUGUUGGUGCACAAAGUGAAAUCCAUACAUGUUAUUACAUUCUACGCUUGUCAAAUUUCAUUCCUUGCGUCACUGCUUGCUUCCUGUGAACAGGAAUAUGAAUAUAAGAAGAUAAAGGUUAAUUUUGGUAGUGAGUACCAACCGAUGAUAACUAUGGUGUAAACACUACAACAAUAAAUGACUUACCUUUCCCCGCAAUCUUGCGGUUAGCAGAGUCCCUUGAAGGACGCGGACAUUCGACUGCCUCGAUAAGUGCGACAUCGACCUUGAGAAAAUAAAUAAGGUUAGAAGUGAUGAAUAAUAUAUUAUGUCAGAAAUGAA